AUGCCCUGGCGGCCGCUGCCUCGCAUUGCUUUUGCUGUGGCCAUUUACCCGUUCCACCCCUCCUCCCCGGCCGACCUCCCCCUCGAACUCGGCGAUGAAUUAUACAUUAUAGAACAAGGCGGAUCCGACGGAGAAUGGUGUCGUGGCUAUCUAGUUGCGCCGCCGUCGCUGUUGGCGGGGUUGACGAGUACCAAGGGUCAAACUCUCGAGGCCCGUGUUUUCUCCGGCAUCUUCCCGCGGAACUGUGUUGAGAUCAGGGAGGUGCUGGGCGACGGCGAUGGUUACAAGGCCAUGCUCAAUGGAGAUCGAAAGAGUUUUGACCGAUUGACCUUGCCCGGUCUCGACGGAGACUAUGUGUCUCGAAGCAGCUUGGCCUUCUCCAUAGGCGAGUCGACAACAGUCGGCGAGGUGACGGACGUAAUCCUCGCAAAGAAGGGAAGACCCGCACAGAUUGUGAUCAAUAAGACCGAUGAAUCGGACCUGUCAAGUCCGCGAUCUGUUCAAACCUAUCGAACCGGGUCGAUCCCGCACACGCCCAUGUCCUUCGCUCCUCGAGAUCCCGAUGCACCUAAACCCGCCGCGCCUGUGCCCAUGUUGAAAAUUGGAGACGAGACCCCGACUUCGCUGACAGAACCGCUGGUCGACGAAAUCGCAUCAUGCCUCCGCGAAUGGCAUUCUACAAACUUACACGAACUGCUUCUCGCUCGUCAAUAUGAUGUACUGGAGGAGAUGUCUACAAUUGUACAAGAAUUGGACUUCUCGCGGCGCCAAUUGCUUCAUAAUGUGUUGACCGGGAAAGAGAAGGAAUCAUUGCGCGAUGAGACGGUGUGGAAGCUUGUUCGCGCCAACAAAAUGCUCAGUGGAGAUAUCAUUGUGCGCGAUCCUGAACAAAGAGGCCGAUUGUUGACAGGCGAAGACUCCGCAAUUCAGCUGGCCAAGCUGCAAUCCGAAAUGAGCAUGCUCGAUGAUCGUCCUACAACCACAUCUGACUCCACGGCUUUGCAUCAUAUGCUGUUGGAAAUAAAUGCUGUAUCUGGAAAUGUCCCGGGCCCAGUGACCCUUGGAAUGCAGCUAUACUCUCGGUCAGACGCCGGUGCAUAUAAUCCGCUGUCCGAGACGUACAGCUUGGACAUUCCAUCUCCCGACAAAUUUGUCAGCUUGACCCAAAGUAACAAGCUGAAAACAUUAUUCACUGAACUUGCUGCGACUGAUAUCGGCGAUGGCAGCGCUAAUGGACGACAACUUUAUCUAGUUGCUUCCGUCCGGACGGCAGAGUCUCGGUCUGCAGCUGAAACCACACCGUCAAGAGCUUCUAUGUCGAGGGAAGGCCCAAUUACCACACGAACAACCAGCGCAGGAGGUGUGCAGCCAUCAGCUAAGGGAAGUUUGAGGACACGGCGCAGUAUGAUGUGGUCCCCCAAGGCACGGGGUAGUCCGACCCUUGACCAGCCAGUCAAGUCUUCUGCUCAAUCAGCCCCACGGUCAUCAAGCAGCUCGUCCAAUGUCCAGGAGACAUCCUCUCCUCAACCGGCGCCCACAAAAGAAUCUAUGGCUAUCCGCACUGUAGGUGUUGGCAUCUUGGAGGUGUCGCCUGUUCUCCGACAAGACAAGGAUGCUGAACAGGUGGUUAACAUCUGGUCAACCCCUCGAGAGGGUGAGGAAGGCCAGGCGUAUGCGGAAGGCUUCGACAAGUUGCUUCAAAUGUUGCUUCCUAACGCCAAUAGUCGAUAUGUGCGAUCUGAAACGGCUGCACGUCUACAUCUCCACUUGCAUCCAUUCAUCAGCACUGAUCCAGAAAACCUUGUCCGCCAAAACCCCACGAUCCUGCACGAUGUUGUACAGACAAGGCGAAUCGGGUUCUCGAAAGCACCUGCGAAGCCUCGAUCCGACAUCUAUAUUACACUAUCACAGGCCGUGCUCCCUACCGAUGCGCUGCUAUCUCAUCCGGCUGCUGGCCAGAUUCCUCUCCAAACAAAUACUGGCCUUCGCAACCUUCAACUAACCCUGGAGGUUCGCGAUGCAUCUGGCACACGUGUAGACAAAUGCGUCUUCCCAUCCUCCGCUCCGACCUCCGCAACAGCAUGGCGUACAACAAUUGCCGAUCGCGGCUUUCCGUGGAACCAGACAAUCCGCCUGAAGAUCCCUACAGACCGCAUUCCCGGCUCACAUAUUAUUAUGAGUGUUGCGGAUGCGCCGGAGUUCCCCUUCGCUCUUGCAUGGAUGCCUCUUUGGGACCAAAAUGCGUUCAUUCGAGAUGGUCAGCACUCACUAUUGCUCUAUGCUUAUGAUAAGCAGACCUCUAGCAUUGAGAAUGGUAAGGGUGCCUAUCUCAGCCUUCCGUGGAGUGCACUUGGCAAGAAUGAAGCUGCCAAGGAUGAAGCGGUCACUGGCCCUCUAGCAACACUGCGUCUUGAGACCCAUCUGUGCAGUACCGAGUACUCGCAGGACCAGGUCAUCUUGAGCCUGCUGAACUGGAAGGAUCGCCCGGUUGACGAGGUUCUCGAUACCUUGAAGCGUCUCCUUUUCGUUCCAGAGAUUGAGAUUGUCAAGCAGCUCCGCAGUGUGUUCGAUGCGCUGUUCGGUAUUCUUGCUGAGAACGCUGGAAAUGAAGAAUAUGAAGAUUUAAUCUUCAACAAUCUGGUCACCGUGCUGGGAAUUGUUCACGACCGGAGAUUCAACCUCAGCCCUUUGGUCGACAACUACGCUGACUCGCAAUUUAACUUCCCAUUCGUCACCCCAUGCCUUAUCCGCAGCUACUUGCGCCUCUUGAACGCCGCGACCGAGCUCCAUCAAUCCCGCAAUCUCCGUGCUGCCUUCAAGGUGGGACGUCACUUGCUCAAGUUCAUUAUCAAAGCCCGCGAGCAGCAAAAGGCUAAGGAGGAAGGCAUUGGUAUCACCACUGUGCAGUCCACCUUCAACCGGGACUUGCACACGAUUUUCAAGUCGAUGGAAACGCUGAUGAAGAACCCGUCACCAAGUCUGGUGGGAAGCAAAACCUUGAUCGUCCAGCACUUCCAUUCAUGGCUCCCUGAGCUUUCCAAUGUCCUCGGGCAGGAUGAAAUGAUAAUGAUUGCUUUAAGUUUCAUGGAUUCAUGUACGGACGUUACGGGAAUGUUGGUGCUCUAUAAAUUGGUGCUCAUCCAAAACUAUACCCAAUUCGAGAUCUUCGCAUCCGGCGACGAGAGAAGGACCUUGAUUUCCAGCUGUGUUGGCUGGCUGGCACCUUACUGGGGCUCCAAGGGAAGCGUUUCGGAUCAGUACCGCGAUCAGGUCCGACUUAACAGUGCAAUUGUUGCUCAAUUGCUUUCUCAGCCAGAUCCCCAGCUAUACGAGUUUAUGCCGAGUAUUGUCGCUUCAUACUGUGCUAUCGCAACCGAGGGAGUUGACGAGACAGAGUAUUUGUCUUUACUCUUCAGCAAGGCUUUCCCCUUCCAGGUUAAGACUUCUACGAUUCCUCAGAAGUUUGACGAGUCCCUGGUGGAAUUGUCUGCCAUUAUGGCCGCCAUAGCCAAGAUCGUGACCCCCAAGAUGCCUGCUUUGAAAGAAUUGGAGCUUGCUACUUUCGUUGCCCAAGCUUUUGAAGCUCACAACUCCAUCAUGGAUUGUGAGGCGUAUCCUGAAAACUGGUUUAGUAUUCAUGUUUACAACCAUCGGGCGGCCAUCAAGAGUCUCGAGCAUCUCGGGUUGCUCCUGAUUGACAAGUUUCUUCCCAGCCCCGAUGAUGCUGAUACCUUUGAUACCAAGCUCUGGGAAUCUUUCUUUACGAUACUGCUGAAGGUGAUCUCCAGCGACGCUCUUGCCCUUGAGACAUUCCCUGAACAGAAACGUCGUGCUGUCUGGAAGAUUGCCGGUGAUGUUCGCGAGCAAGGCGCUGAUCUGCUUCACUCCACUUGGGAAGCGAUCGGCUGGGAUACCACAGAUGACGAGCAGGAACGCUAUGGUUUGAAAAAGUUAGGUGGUUACCAGGUUCAGUACGUUCCGAACCUGGUUCCUCCGAUUAUUGGUCUUUGUCUCAGCGUGCACGAGGGCUUGCGCCACGUUGCCGUUCACGUUCUCCGCACAAUGAUUCUGAGUGAGUGGGAUCUCAACCAAGAUAUUUCAAUUAUCGAGACGGAGAUCAUCUCUAGCCUGGAUUCUCUCUUCAAGUCUAAGCAGAUGAGUGAGAGCGUCAGUCAGAAGAUCUUUGUCGGCGAGCUUUUGGACCUGUUCGAAGGCGACGCGGAGUCUGAUGAGGACCUGUUCAACGCUAUGAAGGGUCUCAUUGCAACUGUCGAUGAGCUUCUUGACCUGCUGGUGGCCUCCCAGAGCAGCGCAUCCAUCCAGAGUCUCCAUGCUCUCAAGCUUAUGGAAUACAUGAAAGACAUGGGCCGGGAAGACAUCUUCAUUCGUUACGUCCACGAAUUGGCCGAUGCCCAAGCCGCUGCUGGCAACUUCACCGAGGCUGGUCUUGCUCUGCAGUUCCACGCCGAUCUCUACGAAUGGGAUCUCAACAAACCUGUGUCGGAGAUCAUGUCACCACCUUUCGUUGCACAGAGCGCAUUCGAGCGGAAGGAAGCUCUGUACUUCUCCAUCAUCCAGCAUUUCGAGAAUGCGAUGGCCUGGGCUCCUGCACUUGCAUGUUACAAGGAGCUUGCUGCCCACUACGAAGCUACGACGAUGGACUUUGCCAAGCUCUCUCGGGCUCAGAGCUCCAUGGCUCGGAUUUACGAUUUUGUUGCCAAGGGCGACAAACAGUUCCCUCGGUACUUCCGCGUCGUCUACAAGGGUCUCGGAUUCCAUCCCGCCCUGCGUGAUAAGGAAUUUGUCUUCGAGGGCUCUGCGACAGAGCGCAUGGCAUCGUUUGUGGAUCGCAUGCAGCGGGAGCACCCCACUGCACAGAUCAUGUCGUCUGGCGAGAUCCCCGACUAUGAGGGCCAAUUCCUCCAGAUCAGUGGAGUCACUGCCCACCGCGAUGUUUCUCAUCCUGUCUUCCAGCGCUCUAAGGUUCCAAACUCUGUUCGUGAGCAUCUGUUGAUUUCGGAACCUUCUCGUUUCUCCGCUACUUCCCGGAGGCACACUAGUAGCUCGGACGUGCGUGAGCAGUAUGUUGAGAAGUUCAUCUUUACUGUUGCGGAGUCCUUCCCGAACAUCCUUCGUCGCAGUGAGAUUGUUUCUGUUCAGGAAGUUGCUCUCUCCCCCCUUCAAACUGCUAUUGAGCGAACAUGUCGCAAGACACAGGAAUUGCAGCUCCUGGAACGCCGAGCCGCAGCGGGCGAGGACAAUGGUUUGAUGAACUUGACCGAGGCACUGGAACAGUUGCUUGAGAUGCGGGGGUCAACCUCGAACUGUGUGGCCUUGUACCGCAGCUUCCUUAGUGGCGCCCAGGGCACGAAGAGCAAGGUGGAGGAGCCCGAGAAUGAAGAUGAAGAGCCGGAAGAGCCUGAAGAAGUGGAGACCAUGGAUCCGAUGGAGAACGCCCUUGCUGUUGCCCUUAUCGACCAUGCCUUGGCAUUUAAGCAUGCGCUGUCCCUAUACCAGCGGCCAGCGCAACAAGCCACGCAGGCGGAGCUCCUGCGCCGCUAUGAAAACGUUUUUGAGCCAGAAUUGGCAUCCCUCAUGACAUCCCCACCCGAUUAUUCGAGCCCGACACCGACCCAACCCCGCCAAUCCCCCACAUCUGAGCGUCGAAAGCAGGCUGUGCAGCGCUCCGUCAGCCCCGAGCAAGAGCUUAUCCGAGCAGCCCGGGGUAAUACUCACACGCGUAAGCGCUCAGAAAGGCAAUCGGUCAGCCAUCGCAUCAGCAUCAUCAACCCUUUCAAGCGAUCCCACGGCCAAUCGAACUCGAUCUUCACCAUCCAGCCGUCGGACAGCAAAGAUAAGAAUCUCGACGAGCGCGAGGAAGAUGACGACGCAGCCACCAUUCACAGUCGGGCCACCGACCAUUCCCGGGGUGGUAAGAGUGACAAGCGACGGAGCUGGUUCGGCGCGCAAGGCAAGCAUGGCUCUUCCCCGUCCAUCGCUGGUGUCGGCGACGAGAGCCUGAAGAAGCAACCCUCCCGCAGUACCUCGCGCGACACGGCCGGUCAGUCACACGAUGAUCGCAGUCGCGCCGGAUCCCAACAUCGUGGCCCUGCAGCCAGCGGUGGGGUGGGCAGUCCGUCUGAGCGACCUGCACCCGCAUCGAGCGGCGGAUGGUCAACUCUCCCGCCAACACGCGACUAUUCCCGUCCGGUGACGCGUGAAAGCACGAACGGAGGCCGGGACGUGACCCCCCCGAACGGUACCAAUGGUACUUAUGGUAUGAGCAGGGCCCAUGUCUCUUCCCAUCCCGCCAACACCAACCAUAAUAGCGGGAUGCGCGACUCGGUGUUCCGACGAUUCAGUCUUCUCAAGGGCGUUGGCCGCAAGAACAGCCGGGUGGAUUUCAAACCGAACGGCGCGCUCCUUGAGGACCAUAGCUUCGGCCCCAACAGGAAAAUGAGCGGCAAUGGCAUAGUUGACCCCACAGUCGACCCUGGCGAGCGCACUGCUCUGCUCAGUGAAUCUCAUUCGCGUUCCUUCCAAGGCCUUACUCCCCAUGAGCAGACGGAGCAUGGCAGCCACCAUCACCAUCCGAAGGACAACAGAGCCUGGGUGCGAUGGCCUAUGCAUGUCGUGCGUCUCGCGUGGUUGACGCUGGUCCGUGACUACGUCAAUGUACUUCUCAUCUUUGUCCCACUGGGUAUCAUCGCCGGUGCACUUGGCUGGGACUCAACCGCUAUUUUCGUGUUGAACUUCUUCGCCAUUAUCCCGCUGGCUUCUAUGCUGAGCUUCGCUACCGAGGAGCUGGCUGCUACCAUGGGCCAGGCGCUUGGCGGCUUGAUGAACGCGACUUUCGGCAAUGCAGUCGAGCUGAUUGUCAGUAUCAUUGCGCUGAAGGAUAACCAGAUCCGUGUCGUCCAGGCCAGUAUGCUGGGUAGCAUUCUCUCCAACAUCCUCCUGGUUCUGGGCUGCUGCUUCUUUGUCGGCGGUCUCCGCUUCUCCGAACAGUCCUUCAACAGCACCGUGGCGUCGACCAUGUCCUCGUUGAUGGCGGUCGCAUCCGCGUCCUUGAUUAUUCCCGCGACCCUCUACGCCGCCCUUUCCUCGUCCAAGCAGAGCGCCCAAGCCAACAUCCUUGUAUUGUCCCACGGUACCGCCAUCAUCCUGCUCGUCCUCUACGUGAUGUACCUCUACUUCCAACUGCGGUCCCAUGCCCAGCUGUUCGAGGAGAGCAACGGCAGCGAUACCGAGAACGCCGACGGCGCCGAAGAGGAAGAGGAAGAGCGCCUCCUUAGCCCGUGGGCAGCCACCGUCGCGCUGAUCGUCGUCACCAUCCUCGUGGCCAUCUGCGCCGAUUAUCUCGUCGGCAGCAUUGACAGCAUUGUGCAGAAGACCGGCAUGAGCAAGACAUUUAUUGGUCUGGUGCUGAUCCCGAUUGUCGGCAAUGCCGCAGAGCAUGUCACAGCCGUCGUGGUGGCUUACAAGGAUAAGAUGGACCUUGCAAUCGGUGUUGCGAUCGGCAGUAGCUUGCAGAUUGCCCUCUUCGUCACUCCUUUCCUGGUCAUCCUGGGCUGGAUCAUGGGUAUCGAAAUGACCCUGCAUUUCCAGACUUUCGAAACUGUCGCGUUCUUUAUUUCCGGUCUGGUUGUCACCCUGUUGAUCCAGGAUGGCAAGUCGAAUUAUCUUGAGGGCGGCAUGUGCCUUGGAUUGUACAUGAUUCUGGCCCUUGCGUUCUACGUCUACCCCGAUGAUGCCGGCGAUGGUGUCGGUAUCUUCAGCAAGUUUAUCAAUUGA